AUGGCGACGUACCUAUUCGGCUUUUCUAUGACACAGCGUGAACACCAUCGCGCUGCUACGAGACGUCAUGGAGAAGUGGACAUCCCAUCGUCGAAAGUAGCAGCACUGACGAUGCGUCCUCACAUACCUACGACGAGUAGUGCACGCGAAGACGACUCGGCUACUCUACAGUUGGCUGCAGAAGUGCAGGCCGAAGCACAGGCGGAAGCAGAUGCGAUCCAUAGCUAG